AUGGACGCCUUGCCGGAAGAAGUGGUCCUGCAUAUCAUUCGCUUCCUCGAAGUUCCAGACAUCGUCCACUUCCAACGGACCUCGCGCCGCCAUCUAACCCUUGCGCGGGACAGCACAAUCUGGAAACUCGAAUGCUUCAACAGCUCGCGAGCAGAAGCACUCCGCAGACGACAGGUUCUCCUCGGAGCUCAAGAUGCAAAGCUAGCUGAACUUCGAAAUGCCGUGACCGCACUGCCGGGUUCCGACCUAACAGCAUGGGAUGUCUCUCAGCUGCGUGGGAGUGCUCAGCCACGAGCCUCAGUUGACCCGGAAUAUGCGGCGAGGGUGCAGCGAGUCCGAGCGCUGGCGAACUGGGAGCCCGGGUACUCUGAUGAACGGCUGGACUACUAUGAGGAAUUUGUGCAUAGACAUGCACCCAUUAGUCUAGGCUGGCUUGAUCUACCCAAAGCUAGGACGUCUGAUAAGGAGGAGCUACGGGAGGCCACUGGCGUGGGCGUGUUGCACGAUUCAGACGAGCAUGUCCAGCAUGUUAUAGCGCCGUUGGACGAUGGUAGUAUAUGCAUCUGGGAUGUGUCAGAACGAUCAACGACCACAGCUGGUGGACGAGGCAAGAUAGUCGCACAGAGUCGGUCUGGACUACUGACUGGGCAAAGUCCGACAGCCACUAGUGAUAGCCGGAUCAUCAUGACCGAGACUGGGGCGGUGGAAUGUGCAUCCGUGGACAAUACACACAGCAAAGCUCUUUUCGCAGUACAGAACCGACUUCACGAAGUCGAUCUCACGACGUUGCAGCUCGUGUCAACUAAACAAUACCCUUGGCCUAUCACAGCGCUAUCAGAGACUCGAAACGGGGUACCUGCAACGAUAGGCACGAACUGGACCCUCCACCUCCACGAUCCUCGUGAUCCAGCGUUCGGUGCGAACGAACAGGAAUCAAGUGGCGAACUCAUAGGCGGAGCAACUUACUCGCACGCCUCACUCACCCAACCCGGGCCCCUCUCGAUCCUCCACGAAGCAGCCGCCGGUACAGGAGACAGCUCGAUCUGGGUAGCCGGCCGCUUCACCUCCCUGCUAAACUAUGAUCGUCGCUUCUUUCCACGCUUACAUGGCACGAUCCACUCCGGCGCACGCAUAGCAGCGCUUGGCUCCCUACCAUAUCCCCUAAUCCCACAAAGCCUGGACCUGAUCCGCAACCCCGACAUCCCUAUCUCAUUGUUGGCAGAUGCAAGAACUCGACCGGGAACGACGAUCCUAGCAGCAGCCGAGUACAAGGGCAAGGGCUCCCUCGAGCUCUACGGUCUCCCACGACAAGAACCCUACCAGAAUCGGCAGACUGCUUCCGCGUCGAAGCUCUUGGCCGUGGCGCCGCAUGGAGGCAGGAUAGUUUUCAGUGAUGGGGAUGGGAAUCUGAAAUGGGUUGAGCGGGAUGGCUUCAGUCAUGUCAGGACUUUCAACAUCAAUGAUUAUGUAUCUGCAAAGGAUAGGGAAGCAGCGCGUAGCCAGGACGCGAGUGCGUAUGGGAUCUGGUCAUCUACUGCUUCGGAGAUGCCGGGCCAGGGCGAUAUUGUGCAGAAGAUUAUUCCCACUCAUCCUGUUACUGCUUCAAGCACUGGUCUGGCGACACAGGGCAGUGGCCGGGAUCGAGCGGAUGUCAAUCAGUCUAAUUUAUUGCUUUGGACUGGAGACGGCCGGUUGGGUGUUCUUGGUUUUGGGCACGAGAAUCCGCUCGGGCGAGAUCAAUGGCAUGAUGGUGUUGAAGAUCCGCAGACGGAGAGUGCUGAGCAGAGAGCUCGGGUUGACGCCGAGAAGCAAUAUGGGAUGGCUAUGCGGAGGGCAUUGGAGAGGAAUGCUGAUGAGGUGAGGUUCGUCAGAGGCUUGGGUAUGGGGUAUCAAAGGAAUUGA